GUUAAGCACCCCGAGGCCGCCCGAGGAAGAAGAAAACGAGUCUUUGGAAACAAGCUGCUGCCGCAUAAAGUGGGAUAAUGACGACUACAUUUGUCGUGGGCACAUUUUGAACGGUAUGUGUGAUUCUCUAUUUGACGUGUAUCAAAAUGUUGAGUAUGCUAAAACGUUGUGGGAAUCUCUAGAAUCCAAAUAUAUGAUCGAGGAUGCUUCUAGUAAGAAAUUUCUCAUUAGUAACUUUAAUAGUUACAAAAUGGUGGAUUCUCAUCCGGUCAUGGAGCAAUUUCAUGAGAUUCAACGUUUGUAUGAUCAACUUUUGAUUCAUAACAUGCAUGUAAAUGAAACCUUUGCGGUGGUUCUAUAAUCGACAAAUUACCACCUUCAUGGAAGGAAGUGAAAAAUAGCCUCAAACGCAAAAAAGAGGAUUUGUCAAUGGAGCGCGCAACUUGGUCGCCGACUUCAAAUUGAAGAAGGCAUUACGUUGCGUGAUGGUGACAAUGGUAAAAAGAACGACCUUCCAAUUUCCUCUAUAAAUGUUAUGGAGGAGGGACAAGUCAAGUGGGACUGAGAAAAAUAAAAAACGUCUCGGGAAAUUCACCAAAGGUUCCAAGUUUCGAAAGAAGCCGAAAGAUAAGAAAGUAGGCUCUUGUUGGGAAUGUGGUGGUCCACAUUUCAAGAGAGACUGCCCGAAGGUGAAGAAGAAGAAGAAGAAAGCCCAACCGAACGGCCAUCCAAACGGUGGCCAAGACAACCAAGGACGAUGAAUCUUGGUGGAUCGACACCGGAGCAACAAGGCAUGUAUGUAAAGAUAGGCAAGCUUUUAAGACUUUAAAAGAGUUGCAAAAGGGGCCG